AUGGCUGAAGAGGAUGGCGUUAGCACCAGCAUUAGCAGCAGUCCGGCAAAGAAGAAGAAAGGGGUCACUGAGGGUGACGUGGCCUUCAGCACUUCUGAUGAGGUGCUGGUGGUCAUUCCGAUAGAGCAGGCUCUGAUGGAGUGUGGAAUGGAUUCAAGCACUUUCGGUGUUAGUUCUGGUGGCGGUGACAUUGAACAGCAGUCUAAGGAUACCGCUCACAAAAACAUUGCCUGCUCUUCAAAGCAGCAGCCAAAACAGACAGCUGAAAGGAAGUUCGCCUGCCCUGAACCGAACUGUGGCAAGCACUUCUUAUGCAAAGCCGAUCUCAAGUGUCACCUUCGAACCCACACCAAUGCCAAACCGUUUGGCUGCAACUAUUCUGGUUGUUCGCGGGAGUUCAAUCAGCGUGGUACCGCUAUCCGCCACAUUCUCAAUGUGCAUCUCAAGAAGCAGAAACCUAACAAUGCUGAAGAGGGUGGAAAUGAGGUAGCAGACGAUCCACCCGAUCCAUCGACCUACCUCACCGUGAAAAAGGAGCUGCUCUAA